GAAUAUAGGCCCAUACAAAAGAACAUCCUUAUAAUUAACACAAAACCCUAAUUUCUAACAUUCUCAAACCUACGUUGUCUGCGUUAGCUUCUUCUCUUCAAGCCGAAACUCGAAAAUGCCGUUCAAGAGGUUCGUUGAGAUCGGGCGAGUUGCUCUUGUCAACUACGGCAAAGACUAUGGAAAGCUAGUUGUUAUCGUCGAUGUCAUCGACCAAACUAGGGCUCUAGUGGAUGCACCUGACAUGGAGAGGAUCCCAAUUAAUUUCAAGAGGCUUUCUCUUACUGAUAUCAAGAUUGAUAUCAAGAGAGUUCCUAAGAAGAAGGAUCUCAUCAAGGCCAUGGAAGCCGCAGAUGUGAAGAACAAGUGGGAGAAGAGCUCAUGGGGAAGGAAAUUGAUUGUGAGGAAGAGGAGGGCUGCCCUCAAUGAUUUUGACAGGUUCAAGAUCAUGUUGGCAAAAAUUAAGAGGGCUGCUAGUGUUAGGCAAGAACUUGCUAAGCUAAGGAAGACUGCAGCUUAGACAUUACUUGCUGAUACAAUUUUCAAAUUUUGUUAUCAAUUUUCUCUACUGAGUACAACUUUUGAUGUUCGAGUGUUUUGUAUUGUUAAGACAAUUGAUUAAAUGUUUGAUUAUCAGAUAUUUGUUUCUGUAUUGUGGUAUAUGUUACCAUUCAGUCUUC